AUGAAUGUGACGGGGGUCGUUGGCAGUGCAUGGUCAGAACUCAGUCCAAUGUACACAGUUAAAAACGUGGGCCUCUACAUCGUAAUAACUGUCCCGAGUCGAGGCAUCACUCUCAUCUGGGACAAACACACCUGGAUCACGGUAGAGCUGCAGCCACAAUGGAAGAAAAACGUGUGCGGCCUCUGUGGGAACUUUGACUCCAAUGAGAUGAACGAUCUUCUAAUAAAAGAUUCAUUUGUGGCGCUGAGUCCAAUGGCAUUUGGAAACAGCUGGAAGAGCCCGUCCCCUCCGUGCUCUGAUCUGACCAGGGAGAUAUUUCCCUGUGAGCGACACUCGUACUGUGCAGCCUGGGCACAGAGACGCUGUCGGAUUAUCACAUCCAACACUUUCAAGGACUGCCACCUCAAAGUGGAGCCCGAGCCGUACUACCAGACUUGUGUGCAAGAGUCAUGCUCCUGUGAGUUUGAAGGGAGGUUCUUGGGCUUCUGCACGGCUGUAGCUGCUUAUGCGGAGGCCUGCAGCGACUGGGGCGUCUGUGUGGACUGGAGAACUCCCGAUGUGUGCCCGGUCUACUGUGACUACUACAAUGAGCAGGAUGAGUGCGUGUGGCAUUAUGAAGCCUGCGGUGAGCUGCUCACAUGUGGCCAAGAACAAAAUUUUACUCACAAACUAGAAGCUUGUGAGUGUGUGAACCUGAAAAGCAAGCUGACAUGGCCAUGUGGAGCGGCCUGGACACAAGACUGUAACCACGUGACUUGCACAAACGGGGUUCUGCAGUUCUCGCCUGUGCAGUGUCCCCAGUACCCUCCUCCCAGCUGCCCCAGGGGUCUGGCGGUCAACGUGUCCGAUGGAUGCUGCGAACGGCCGACUUGUGAUUGUCGCUGUGAGCUUUAUGGAGACCCCCACUACAUCUCAUUUCAAGGCGUCACAUUUGAUUUCUUUGAUGAAUGCACAUAUAUCCUUGUCGAGGAGCAAUUGCCAGAGUACAACUUAAGAAUCGCUGUGGACAACUUCUUCUGCGUUGAAGACCUGGAGGGUUCCUGUGUGAAAGGCGUGAUAGUGGAAUAUAAAGGCAACACGGCUAAACUCACAAUUGACUCUUUCAAAGUUCAGGCAUCUUUGAACAAUGCGACACUAGAUCUGCCUUAUGAUGAUUUUGGGAUGAGCUUUAUGUCGACUGGGUACGUCACGACCCUGGUCCUCCCUGAGAUCCGCUCAUACGUCAGCCUCACUCCAUUCUUUUCGCUGGUCGUCAGUCUGGCCAUGGAGAACUUUGGCAACAACACACAGGGACAAUGUGGUGUUUGUGGAGGUGGGUCUUGCAUUCGGCGUGGAGGAUUAGUUGAAGAUGACAGUUGCUGUGAGAAAACAGCACAUGAUUGGGUUCACAAAGACACCCAGAAACCGAAGUGUGAGUCUGCUCCCAAAGACAAGCCGUGUGGCCCCCCAUCUCCACCGCCCCGCUGUCCCACUCCUUCUCUCUGUGAGCUGCUGAAUCAAACGCUUUUUGCCCAGUGCCGUGAGCAUGUCAACCUGCUCCCUAUAAUGAAAAGCUGUGAGAUUGACUCCUGUGGCUCUGUUCCGCCAUGUUCUUCUCUGGAGAAGGCUGCAGACGAGUGUAAAAAAAAUGGUUUCUGUGUUGAGUGGAGAGAGCACACCAAUGGAAGCUGUGUCAUACCCUGUUCAGAAGGACUAGUUUACAAAGAAUGCAGUCCUAAAUGGGAUGAUUUCUGCAUUGACGGACGUAGUAACAAAGGAAAAGCAGUGCCAGAGACUAUUGCUGGUUGCUUUUGUCCAGGCAACAAAAGCAGAUCCAGCAGUGGCUCAAACAUCUGUGUGGACCAUUGCAAAUUUUGCAUUGGACCAUUGGGUCAAGUUAUUAAAGUUGGAGAAACGUGGAGAGAUGGUGAAGAGCCGUGUAUGUCUUUCAUCUGCAGCAUUGAAGGCAUCCAGAAUGAAACUAAAGUCUGUCCAGCACCGCACUGCUCUGAGAAGGACAAGAUUUGGGAUGAUCAACACUGCUGUUUCUCGUGCAGAGAUGGCAGCAGCUGUGCUCCUGUGAGGACUACUCUGAAUGUUUCAGUGGAACAGUGCUUCUUCCAGCUGCAGGUCCCAGUGUGUAAGGGCUUCUGCCAAAGCCACCACAGACUGGUGAUGGCUGGGAAGCUACAGGUGGAGCAGAGAAGUCACUGUUGUGCAGAGAGCCGCUUCGAGACCAGAGCAGUGACCGUCCAGUGCUCUGACCAAAGCAACCACACUUUUGAAUACUCCCACAUUACCCACUAUCUAUGCAUUGAGCCCAAAGUCCUGGUGAGUAAAGGGAGCCUUCACCCAUCAUCGCCUCCCGGACCACCACUGCUGCUGCUCAGGUCCCGCUUUGUGCUGUCUUACUCUUGCAUCAUGAGUGUGGCAGCUAAAACUCCACGUGAGGGAUGCUGUUCCAAGCUCAAGCUCUUCCUGGCUGCUAUGGCUUUUGUAUAUUUUUCCAAAGCUUUCUGUGGAGCUUACAUGAAGAGCUCCAUCACACAGAUCGAGAGGCGCUUUGACAUUCCCAGCUCUCUCAUCGGGGUCAUCGACGGCAGCUUUGAAAUGGGGAACCUUCUGGUCAUUGCAUUUGUGAGCUACUUUGGUGCCAAACUCCACCGACCCAGGCUGAUUGGUGCUGGGUGUCUCAUUAUGGCAGUUGGUGCCUACAUCACAGCUCUACCACACUUCUUCCAAGGACUGUAUAAAUAUGAGACCAGCAUGUCCCACAAAGCUUCAGCCAACAGCACCGAGACCAUCCUACCCUGUCUGUCCAACCAUAGUCUGAUGAAAGAGGAGACCCCUAGUCUGCAGGCAAAGAAAGCCUGUGAACAUUCAAGCGGCUCUCCUAUGUGGAUUUAUGUAUUCCUGGGAAACAUGCUGCGUGGCAUUGGAGAGACUCCCAUCAUGCCUUUGGGCGUGUCCUACAUCGAUGACUUCUCCAGAGAGGAAAACACUCCUUUCUAUUUAGCCUGCAUCCAAACAGUGGGAAUUUUGGGGCCCAUGUUUGGCUUCAUGCUCGGCUCAUACCUGGCGAAAGUCUAUGUAGACAUUGGAUUUGUGGAUUUAGAAACCGUGACAAUCGGCUACAAAGACUCUCGGUGGGUGGGUGCCUGGUGGCUCGGCUUCAUCAUCACCGGGACAGUGGUGCUGAUGUCCAGUAUUCCCUUCUGGUUCCUGCCUAAGUCUUUACCAAAACAGGGCGAAAAGAAGAGUCUACCUGAGACCAAAGAAACAGAGAUGACAUUUGUGGCUGAGCAAGAGAGCUUUUUACCAUCUGAAAAUCCAGAGCAAGAGGCCAAACCUGUUUCAUUUAAAGAGCUGGCAAAAGACUUUGUUCCUUCCCUGAGGAGGUUGUUCAAAAACAGUAUCUUCUCGCUGCUGGUGCUCACUUACCUCGUGGUGGUGAAUGGCUUCAUUGGCAUGAUCACCUUCAAGCCCAAAUUCUUGGAGCAAACUUUUGGCCAAUCAGCCUCCAAGGCCAUUUUCCUCAUAGGCAUUUUGAACCUGCCUGCGGUGGCUCUGGGCUUCAUCACUGGAGGUUUUGUGAUGAAACGCUUUAAGCUGAGUGUGAUUGGAGCGGCGCGUGUGUCCUUCUCUGCCUCGCUCAUCUCCUUCAGUUUGAUGACCAUGCAAAUCUUCCUUCACUGUGAUAACGCAGACGUUGCCGGACUCACCGUCACAUAUGAGGGAGUAUCUCAGGUGUCCCACAACCAGGAGUCUUUAAUAUCGCAAUGUAACAUGGGCUGCUCCUGCUCGCUGAAGCACUGGGACCCUGUCUGUGCCUACAAUGGGAUGACCUACGCCUCACCCUGUCUGGCUGGAUGCCAAAUGUCCACCGGUGUAGGGAGACAAAUGGUGUUCCAUAACUGCACCUGUGUGGAGAAUAUGAUUAGCCCCGGGAUGAACCACUCGGCCGUCCUUGGACAGUGCCCAAGAAAAAGCAACUGUGACCAGGUCUUUAAGUUCUACAUGGCCCUGUCUGUGCUGGGCUCAUUCAUCUCUGCAGUGGGCGGAACUCCUGGAUACAUCGUACUGCUCAGAUCGAUACCAGGUGAUCUUAAAUCGUUGGCAUUGGGUAUGCAGACUCUCAUAGUUAGAACAUUAGGUGGUAUCCCUCCUCCCAUUUACUUCGGGGCGCUGAUUGACCAGACAUGUCUGAAGUGGGGAACCAAGCAGUGUGGAGGACGGGGGGCCUGCAGACUUUAUGACUCCAACGCUUUCAGGCUGACCUUCUUGGGGUUGGUGACUGGUCUCUACACGCUGGGCAACAUGCUGUGGGGAGUUCUGUACUGUCGUAUUGUGCGCAGACAGAAAAAGUUAUUAUUGCGGCAGCAGAACAAAGAUAAUGGCGUGGAGGCCACGAACGGAGCAGCCACGGGACACCCCCAAAUCACCCUCGCCCAGGGCAAAGACACAGACCGGGAGAGCACCAUUUAA